AGUUACCUUAUUCAUCUCUUGUAAUCAUGUAUAUAAACCCAUUUGAGUAAUGAGAAAACACACGCUGAGUUCUUUCAGUGCUUCAGUCCGCUCAAAUCGUCGCAGGCUGUUCUGGAACACAGAAACGCUGGAGGAGGAGGGUUUUGGUGAAAAUUUUGAACUUUCCCCACUUAUAGGAAACGACGUUCGGUUAAAUGAAAAAAAAAAUACUAUGUAUUCCGGAUGUAAAAUUCCGAAGUCAAUUACUAAAAAAAAUACUAUGUAUUCCGGAUGUAAAAUUCCGAAGUCAAUUACUCCAAUACUCCAUAUUAGGUUUAUGCCGUUCAGUCUUUCAGAGCCGAAUUAUAUUGUUGGGAAUUCAAAGACUAAAUUCACAGAACCCUCUAAUAGAUUGGCAUCUUGGAUUCUUGGACUCUUCGAGAUUGCAGAUUUGGGGAUUUGACCUUUCCCCUUCCUUUGUGGUCUUCGUUUGCCGACUUCCCGCUGCCAAUUGCAAGUAGUAUAAUAGCUGCAUAAUAAUUUAUUAAUUACAUUUAGGCCUUGACCCGUAAGUGGUAUUGUGGUUUAGAUUUUAGGCCUCCUUGUUUUGUUUAAGGUUUAAUCAAUUAAUAAUUUACUUGUCUAGCCGUUUUUACUAAAUUGAAAGUUUGUAAUUAUUUUCUUAAAAACUAAUGGAGA